AUGUAUAUCCCUUCAAAACCCACAAGAUACGGAAUUAAAAUUGUUAUGAUGUGCGACAAUGCAACUAAGUAUGUCAUUGAUUCGAUUCCGUACUUGGGUAAAGGAACUGUACCAAACGGACAAGUUGCAGCUGACUUCUAUGUUAAAAAUUUAGUUAAAUCUAUUAAAGGUUCUAAUCGUAACCUUACAAUGGACAAUUGGUUUUGCAAUAUACCACUUAUUCAAUCACUUUUACAUGACGAUAAACUUACGGUUAUAGGAACAAUUAAAAAAAACAAAAGAGAACUUCCAACUCAGUUCACUGAUAUUAAAUUUCAAAAUAGAACUUCCGAUACAUCGCUUUUUCUAUUUCAUGAAGAUUUUACAGUUGUUUCUUACAAACCAAAUCAAAGUAAACUUGUGACAUUGAUUUCAUCGGCACAUUAUGAUUCAUCGAUUGAUCCAAUUACAAAAAAACCCGAGAUAGUGUUGAACUAUAAUGCUACCAAAGGUGGGGUGGAUUCAUUUGACCAGAUGACUAACAAUAUGAACUGCAGCCGCAAAACCAAACGUUGGCCUUUAUGUUUUUUUUAUAAUAUGUUAAAUAUAGCUAAUGUCAAUGCGUAUGUUAUUUACAUUCAUAACUUUUAUAAUAAAAAUAAAAACGAUGAAAAACCAAUGUCUAGACUACAAUUUAUGCUAUCUUUACACAAAGAAUUAACUAACGAAUGGCAACGACAUAGAUUAAGUUUUCCAAAAAUCAAUAGAGAACUUAGAACUAACAUCCAAGAUGCGUUAGAAGAAAAGCAAGUAGCAAUCAACGACAAACCCCAACACGGUCCUCGAAAGUAUUGCGAUUAUUGUUCUUAUAAAAAAAGACGACUUACAACCACAUACUGCAUUGAAUGCCAGAGACCAAUUUGUGGAGAGCAUCAAAUAAAAAAGUGUCUAGACUGUUAA